ACUAUUCGGGCGAUUUAAUAAAGAUUUGUACAUAAGAAUUAUAGUUAACACAGCUGAAAUUUAAACUAAUACAAAUUCUUUUAUCACUAGGUUGCAAUUAAUCGAAGUUUAGUUUAGUUGGUGAUUAAUCACGAGUCCAGGACUGUGACCGCGCAGCUGCGUGACCGCGCAAUCACAACAAUUAGGUUUCGGUAAACCUGUCGCGUCGGUUUUCUCCGUGUUACCAGAACAGAGAAGGCUAUUCAGAAGAAAGGUUUCAGCUUUAGCAAGUCAUCACAGACCUUCAAAUAAAUCGAGGCAAAGUGCAUGCUGAUGAUGCUGAAGAUCUCUGGCUGAGGCAGUGAACAAGGGCGCAAACUGUUGUGUGUUGGAGAAAGGAUCAGAAGCAGACUGUAAAAGAUGGCCAACUUUAAAGGACAUGCACUGCCUGGCACUUUCUUCUUUCUCUUUGGCUUCUGGUGGUCUGUGAAAUAUCCACUGCGACACAGCUGGAAGAAGAAACAACAUGGCAUGAGGCAAAAUCUACCUCUGUUCUUUAACAGGAUAGACCUCAUUGAGGGCAGUGUGAAGAUCUUUUUCGCUUUUGUUGGCAUCAUGGCUGAGCAGUUUGUACCUGAUGGACCUCAUGCUCACCUUUUCAAUGGGGAAUGGGUGAAGCUAAUGAACUGGCAACACAGCACCAUGUACCUCUUCUUUGGUAUCUCUGGCAUUGCAGAUGUUCUCAGCAUGUCCUCGCUUCCUGUCCCACCUGGCCUUGACCACUUUGGACUCUCUCUCGCUCUUUUUGUAGAAGGGUUCCUUUUCUAUUUCCACGUACAUAGUCGGCCUGCUCUGGACCAGCACAUUCACUCGUUGCUCCUAGUGGCUAUAUUCUGUGGGGCAGCCAGCACUAUGCUUGAGGCUUUUCUGCAAGAUAAUGCUCUGCUCGAGGUGUUCAGGUGCAGCCUGGCUAUACUGCAAGGCACCUGGUUUUAUCAGAUCGGUUUUGUGUUGUAUCCUCUAAAUGGACAAGAGUGGGAUCUGGAAAACCACGGCAACAUCAUGUUUAUUACUAUGUGCUACUGUUGGCAUUAUGCAGUAGCUUUGUUGAUUGUGGGUGUGAACUACAGCACGGUGUGGUGGAUCACCAACCGGUACGGAGGGAAGCAGAGGACAGAUUUAGAAUUCAGCCUCAGGAAAACCACUCAAUCGGACACUAGUUCCCAGAAGGCUUUGCUCCAGGAAUCGGAUGAAGAAUAGACUUCUGGUAACUAGCAUAUGAAGAUUUCAGCUGAUAUCAGUAGAGAUACAAAUUCUGCUCCUUCAGAAUUCCUGACCAAACCCGCCUGCUCCUGCAGGAAUUUUUUUAGCUAAUCCCGCUAAUCCUGCAAAUGCAUUUUUGUUUAUCUAGUAGAAAAGCACUUAUUGAGUUGUUAUUUUAUUUCAUGGCAUCACAGAGCAUUUUAUCUUAUCAUUAUGCCUUAAUGUUUCAUUAUGUCCAGUUAUUUAUAGUUCUACUUUUGUGAGUUAUUAAGUUCAGAUUAAACUCAUUCAUGUGACCAGACAAACAAGCCAAUAAUUAUAAGAACUCAAUAAUAAAUAUAAUAAUUUUUAUAGUGUUGGACUGUGAUUUCAAAUUGAGAACCAUUGAUUUAAAACACAGCAAAAAUACAUCGGAAUAAUAAAUACCUAACAUAACUGAUUAGAAAUAGAUUAGACUGCUUUAGAUCCAACUUUAAUCAAAUAGUAUAAAUGUUCAUAAUGAACAAGCUUUCCUAACUGAAAACCACAAUAAUGUGUUGAUCAAAAACAUAAGCAUAAUUUGUGUGUGUUCCAAUGAAACCUGUGAAUAAAGUACUUUUUUUUCUAA